GGCUGGCCAAAGCGCUAGUCGGAACUUGGAUAGCACUAGUCCUAGCUGCCACCUGGAGCGGGCGUGCUCCACUUUUAAGUUUCAAUCAAGCAAUUGUGGUCUUUGUGGAUGGAAGAGCGCUUUUGCUCUGGUGCAUUGUGACAAGAAGCCCUUGAGAGCUGCAAUUGGUGAGGCCCCCUUGUAGAGUCUUCAUCUGCCUUGAAGUACAGACUUUUGGGCCUUGUUCUUGCCCAAAUUGCAGAUUCUGGUAUCUCGGAGGGGUUUCUCUCAGGCAUUGGGGCACUGAAGGCGAAACAACCAGAGAAAGAGGGCAGGACAUCGGGGGCAUCUGUUCAAUUGUGGCACUGAGAUGCAGAGUCAGACAUCGUCUUCCCUUGCUUGAUGGAAGUUUCAGCAUAAGGUGGGGACAACAGCAUUGUCUGCAUGAAGCACGAACGUCGCCUGUCUGUAAACUAGAGAAGCUGUCAACAAGUCUACUUUUCGGAAAGUGUGGACUUUGGCUUUGAUGUCAAAGGAAAGAGUAUUUGCCAGCUGUCCCGUCAAGUCUCAUGCAAGGUGUCCCCAAGCUGGACUCUGGAAAAAGCUGUGGAUGAUCUUCAGAACAGAGUGACAGCUCACUCAAUCAGGAAGUUUGGAGUGGGGAUAUCAUUGUGAAUGGGGGCGCCCGUUCGUAAGAGGCAUUGAGAAGCACGGUGACUCAAAGAGAUAGCUUCCUUCAGAACGCAGGAGGCUCGGAAACGACUCGUAGAAGUGAGUGUCUCCUUCUGCACCUGAGAAGGUACUGGGGUACAAUGAGAGCAGGCUCUUAGGAAGGUGGAAGGAGGCGGAACACCGAAGUACGAAAUAGGGGCAAAAUAGGAAGAAGGGCGAAGACAGAGGCAUCAUGUCCCCGAAUGCAAAGAAGCUCCUCAAUGUGCUUAACCCCAAGAAGCUGAUCAAGCCGCUGCGGGCCCAUCGCGACCACGAUGACGUCAGCGACACCGUCAGCAACGGGACGGCGCCAGAGGACGACAACCUCUCCAUCUCUGGGCGGCUGCCCGAACUAGGCGCGGAUGACUUAAACCCUCGGACGCCCUCCAUGCGGUCCGAGAUUUCGCAGGGGGGUGCGAGCAUCGCGGAGGAUUUGGACGGGGUACUCUUUGAGGAGGGGGGAGAAAUGGAGGGGGUAUCUGGGGGGGUGCUGAGUAAAGAUGUGUUGGCUCCGCUGAAUGGGGGCAUGCUGGUGGAUGAGCUCUAUGGCGUUACGGCGAAGGAGCUGAAUCGGAUUAUCUUUGGGCCUGGCUCCAAGAUGUCUGAGGAGAUGCGAACGCGCAAGGGCGUCACGGAUCCCCACACCCCGCCCUGGGCGCCUAGCGACGAGGAGGGGGUCGUCGCCGAGAGGAUGCUCGACUACAUGACGGCACCCAGCAAGCUGGUCAAGUCCUGCCGAGCGGUGGAGACGCAGAAGUAUCUGGCUGCCACGUCAUCCUGUUACGUCAUCCACGUGACCACGGUCGCCAAAGACGUCCCGAUGGGCGACACGUUCUGCACCGAGGUCAAGUUCUGCAUAACCCAGGAGCCCCCAUCCGGGUCAACCCUAACCCGGGAGGGUUCCGGCGCAAGCAUCGACGCACCGCCAACCCCGUCCGGACGUUUUAGCCGAGGAUCUGAGUCUCCCCGAACGCCACGUCACGCCCAGACCUCCCCCCGAACACCUAAAUCCUCGGACGCAAACGGGGCCAAAAGCUCGUCGUCCCUUUCGCGGUUCGGGAUGACGUCACCCGAAUCAGUGAACGGAGACGAAAAUGGGAUGUCGGCCAGGUCCUUAGGCGCGGGUGACGACAGCGUGAGGGGAGCAAAAGUCGCCGGCAGCGAGGCGGGGGGCGAGGUCUCGACGGAGAUUUCGGCUGCGGGGGGCUCGGAGUCGACUAAAUCACUGGCGUCGAAUGGUAGGAAUGCCGUGACGCGGUUGCAGAUCUCGUACGAGCCCAAGUUUCUCAAGAGUACGAUUAUGAAGGGCAUGAUCGAGAAAGGCAUGGCCCAGGGGCUCAAGGAGACGUACGCGACGUUCGUCGAGAUUCUGGGGGGGUACGCGGCCCAUCUCGACAAGGACGCGCUGGCGGCGGGUUCCACGAGCAAGCGGCUUGACGGAAAGGGCGGACGGCGAAAGGGCGGCGCGCUGGAGCUGCUGCCGUCGGACUUGUCGGACGACGGACAAGACAUUGACGCGUUCCUGGAGAGCGUCUUCGACGAGGUCGCGUCCGGCGCCUCCAUCCUAGUUCUUUGCUUGGCGGCCCACCGCUUCGCAGACCACAUUUUCGGGCUGCACUUAUACGGGGGAGACGAGCGCCGGGGCAUGGUCUUCUGGCUAGGGUUACACCCCGCGGUUAGGGUUUGGGAAGUAGUGUGGGCGGGGGUUAUCGCGACCCUGGUCCUGAUGAUGGUCUCGAGGGGGCUGGACCUAUUGCGGCACGGCAUCUCCAUGGUUAUAGGCGACAACCAAGCGCCCAACGUAAAUGUUAACGGUUGGCAGCUGAGUGUUGCGAUCCUGGAGGCACAAAACCUGCCCAUGGUCGACGAGAACGGGCUCAAGAGGGAUCCCUUUGUGCUGCUCGGCUGCGGCGGGCAGUCACGAACAAGCAGCGUCAAAGUGCAGGGACAAGACACUCGAUGGAACGAGGUGCACCAGUUCGACCCGAUGGACUCGUGCCCCCGCUACCUGGCCAUCGCCGUCGAAGACUACGAGGGCCCAUUCUCCGACGCGCAAACACUCGGCAUCGCAGAAGUCGACUUCCUGAAGUACACCACGGAAGGCCUGAACGAUCUGUGGGUCUACUUGGAGGGCGAGAAAGUGCGCGGGACCGGCGCGCGGUUGCACCUGAAGAUCGUGCUCAACAACGAGAACGCGAGCGAGGCGGGGACGCGCACGCGGGAGCUGACGGAGAUCGUGGAGCAGGAGACAGGGAAGAAGAUCAAAGCCGAGAAGUCACAAUACAGCGGCCCCUUCCACCGCCUCUUCUCCCUGCCCGAACACGAGAUCCUCAUUGACAACUUCGCGUGCCAACUCAAACGAAAGCGGGGGCCCAACGCCGGGGGUCGUAUCUAUUUGUCGCCCAAUCUGCUCGCCUUCUACUCGAACCAUUUCGGCACCAAGAUUUCGUUCACGCUGGCGUGGGAGGACAUCGAGGAGAUCAAGGAGCGGACGACGCCAAAAGCGCUCAUGGCGCUGCAGACCAUCCUCUUCCCGCACGUCAAGAUUUAUUUGAAAGCCAGCGCAACCCCCGAGGCGAUCAAGCACGCAACGUCACUGGACAAGGCGGGCCGCCACGUGUUCCGCUUCGAGAACUUCGUCCAUCCGGGGAACGCGUUCCGGACGAUGAGACUGUUGCAUAAGCAGCACGGCAAAGUGGAGCGCGACCGGGAAGAGAUGCGCGAGGUGUCGAGCACGGUGCUGGACGAAGAGGAGUUUCUCGCGAUGGAAGAGCCGGAGAUGACGCUAGCUUUAGAAAUGGAUGUGCCCAUUACGCCCGAGGCGUUCCUUGAGAUUAUGUAUGACAACCAGCUCGACCAGCAGGUGGCUUCCGCUCUCGGGUGGCAGGACUAUUCCGCCACGGAAUGGACGCCCGUCGAAGACGCGGAGGAACGGGGGGCCAUGCGGCGGCAGGUCUCGUAUAGAUACCCCCACCGGCAACGCAACAACGCAGAGCUCCGCGCGGUGGUGCUACAGCAGCGGUGGGCGGAACCAGACCUGCACCAGAUCGGCCUCAACGAGAUCACGACCUUGCACGGGGCGGCUUUUGGCGACCAUUUUCAGGUGCAAGGGCGCAAGGUGAUGACGCAAAAGGACUCCCAGUCGAGCACGCUGCAGUCCUUUGUGGGCGUGACGUUUCACAAGGAAACGGCCUUCCGGGACAAGAUUGUAAAAUCAGUUUUAGACGCCGCAAAAAGGGACGCCCGCGAGCAUGGGGAGGUCUUAGCAGCGGUCGUGAUGGCUACGGUUCAAGGAAUGCAGAGGCGAGCAUAGAAAGUUUUGGAGUUCAAUUUUGUUUAUUAGGUUACAUUAAGGCUGACAUAGACCAAGGAGUGCGGCAAAGGUACUCGGGCGGUAAUUCAUAUCUGAUGUUAUUGACAGGUUUGACGGGAUUGAGGAGUUUAUCUGGUUCAUUCAGCUAUGCAGCGCGUGAGAUAGAAGGAGUCGAGGUAAAAAAUUGGCGAAUGUGCAACCUGCGCUUGUACAAAAGAAAGGGACAUCUGCAGGGAUUCCGUCAUUGUUGGUAGCAUGGAUAGAAGCACCGAUUAAUAUUCGAUUUUUGGCCGCCGUGCAUGAGGUCGAC